AUGGAUUUAAAACUCGUAACAAAUAAAAGAACCUUUACGGAACAUAGUUUUUGGGAUUUUAAAGGCAAAGUUGACUAUGUUGAUGAAUGGUUUCUAAUGAAAUCGCCCGUAUCAUUACUGUUUUUAUCAAUAUUGUACGUAUUGUUUGUAUUUAAACUUGGUCCUGAAGUUAUGAAGUUAAGAGAACCGUUCAAAUUCAGAAGCAUUAUAAUAUUAUACGAUUUAUUUCAAGUGGCAUAUUCUUGUUUUCUACUUUUAUUAGGUUCCAGACUGAUUAUAUCUUAUGGCCUGCUGGGUUCAUCAUGUCUAAUGGAUAAAGAAGACUCUCGAUGGCUUGUAUCAACUGGUAUCUACUAUUAUUUCUUUGCCAAAGUAAUGGAGUUGGUGGACACGAUAUUCUUCGUAUUGCGCAAAAACUAUCGUCAGGUCACAUUCUUGCAUGUAUAUCACCAUUGCUUGAUGAUGUGGGGCACUUGGAUUUCUUUGAAAUAUGAACCUUCCUACAGCCUCAUAUUCCUUGGGACCAUUAACUCCUUCGUUCAUAUAAUCAUGUAUGGCUAUUAUGCGUUAUCGGCAUUCCCCGAUCUCAAUAAAUAUUUAUGGUGGAAAAAGUAUAUUACUUUGAUGCAAAUCUUGCAGUUUAUGUGUGUAAUAAUACACGCGGCAGUGAAUUACGCUUAUUCAGGGUGUCCACCUUCAUACACAAUAUUAGCAGCAAUCCUGUUAAAUGGUUUACUAUUUAUUUACCUUUUUGCUAAAUUCUAUGUCAACUCUUAUAUUAGCAAAAAUAAACUUAAUUCGAAUAGUAUUAGUAUCGACUCCGUGGCAAAUGGAUCAGUCAAUAAAAAACUAGAUUAG